AAAUGAACUUGUGAACUGAUUGUUUGUAUCCGGAGCAUCUGAACAGUAUUUGUGCGUUUGUUUGGCAAGCGGUAUCUAGUUAUUCUGUUUUAUCGAUAGUCAAGCUAUCUGGCUUAAUAACAUCAGAAAUGACUGAGGAUGUGCAGAAGCACUCUGUGCACACGCUCGUGUUCAGGUCCCUCAAGAGGACUCAUGAUAUGUUUGUAGCUGACCAUGCCAAACCAGUCUCCUUGGAUGAAACAAGUCACAAGGUGAAGAUGGCAGCGAAGCUAAGGGCAGACUACAGUGCCGUUCUACACAUGCCCGUUCUGAAAGAGGGCAAGGACAGACCACUGGGAUCCAACAUGCAUGGCAAUCAGAACUAUCUCCAACCUGGUGAUGAUCCAGAGUACUUGAUCACUGGGACCCAUGCAUACCCCUCAGGACCUGGGGUGGCUCUGACGGCGGACACUCAGAUACAUAGGAACCCCAGUGAGGGGGGAGUUCAUGCCAUGGCUCUUGCUCUGCCACCAUCACAAGCCAGGCUGGACGCCAGUCGCACAGCAGCCAGUGUCGGGGACAUCCACAGACACGCGGGGGGGGCAGAGAGGUCUCACGCUUCUCACUCACACGCUAUGUCUCUUUUGGAAGGAGGCGGCACCAAAAACUCCUCCCUCGUUGCCAGAAAAGCCCCCACUAUGCCCAAGCCCCAGUGGCACGCGCCAUGGAAGUUGUUUCGCGUCAUCAGUGGUCAUCUUGGCUGGGUGAGGUCCAUUGCCGUAGAGCCCGGCAACCAGUGGUUUGUGACCGGCGCUGGCGACAGAACCAUUAAGAUCUGGGACCUGGCCAGUGGGAAGCUAAAGCUUUCCCUUACGGGACACAUCAGCACGGUGCGCGGCGUGGCCGUGAGCACCCGGAGUCCCUACCUGUUCUCCUGCGGUGAGGACAAGCAGGUCAAGUGCUGGGAUCUGGAGUACAACAAGGUGAUCAGGCACUACCACGGCCACCUCAGUGCCGUGUACGACUUGGACCUGCACCCAACCAUCGACGUGCUGGUCACAUGCAGUCGAGAUGCCACGGCCAGGGUGUGGGAUAUCAGGAGCAAAGCCAACGUGCACACCCUGUCCGGACACACCAACACAGUGGCCACAGUCAGAUGCCAGGCCGCCGAACCUCAGAUCAUCACAGGGAGCCACGACUCCACCAUCAGGCUAUGGGAUCUGAUAGCUGGGAAGACCAGAGCCACUCUCACCAACCACAAGAAGUCUGUCAGAGCACUGGCCUUACAUCCCAGACAGUAUACCUUAGCCUCUGGCUCUGCCGACAACAUCAAGCAGUGGACGUUCCCCGACGGCAACUUCAUCCAGAACCUCUCUGGACACAACGCCAUCAUCAAUGCAAUGGCAGUCAACUCGGACGGCGUGCUGGUAUCGGGAGCUGACAACGGCACCAUUCACCUGUGGGACUGGCGGACGGGCUACAACUUCCAGCGUAUCCACGCCGCCGUGCAGCCCGGCUCGCUGGACAGCGAAUCGGGGAUCUUCGCCUGCAUGUUCGACCACUCAGAGAGCAGGCUGAUCACGGCCGAGGCUGACAAGACCAUCAAGGUGUACAAAGAGGACGACACUGCGACCGAGGAAAGCCACCCAAUCAACUGGAAACCGGAGAUUCUCAAGAGGAAGAGAUUCUAGUUUUGGCCAAAGAAGUUAUUACAUUCAUUCAUUUCUGUUGUCAAUAUUCCCAUCAAUAGAAGCCCAUAAUUUUUGUAACAAGAAUAUUCACACAAAACAUACUUUGAACAAGUUGGCUUUUAUUUCCACUUGAAUCUUUUUUGUGUUCAAUGUACUCAUUAUUCUAAGUACCAUUUUCAGUCUUCAGUGUACGAUGUUAGUCCAACAAAGCAGCCGUUAUGGACAGCCUUUAACCUUCCAGAAUGUUUGUUCUUGAUGAUGACCUCUCUCGUAGCUCUGGUCAUUCUCGUCCACCAUGAGAAGCCACUCCUCAGCUCCGUAAGGGCUCUCCUUAGUGUGCACACAGUCCCCACUGAGAUCAAAUCCGAUUCAUGUGUAGAAAAUUCAAGAUUUUCUCAACUGCAGUUUGAAAAGGUCAGGUUUUAUUUUUUUGUAUUGAUCCAACAGAAUCACUGACUGCAGAACAAAUUCACGUUUCUCUUGUAUAUACAAUCUGGUGUAUGAAAUAAAUCACUGUAUGAUCAACAGAACCAUUAAAAAAAAAAAACAUG